AUGGGGGCGACGGAGCCGCAGUGGGUGCUGAUGGCCACGGGGCGGUCGCCGACCAACAUCGCGGUGAUCAAGUACUGGGGGAAGCGGGACGAGGCGCUCAUCCUCCCCGUCAACGACAGCAUCAGCGUCACCCUCGACCCCGACCACCUCUCCGCCACCACCACCGUCGCUGCCAGCCCCGCAUUCCCAUCCGACCGCAUGUGGCUCAACGGCAAGGAGAUCUCAUUGUCGGGCGGGAGAUUCCAGAGCUGCCUGAGGGAGAUACGGAAGCGGGCUCGUGAUGUCGACAACGAGAAAAAGGGGAUCAAGAUCAAGAAAGAGGACUGGGAAAAGUUGCAUGUCCACAUAGCGUCCUACAACAACUUCCCAACCGCUGCCGGUUUGGCCUCUUCGGCUGCUGGCCUUGCUUGUCUUGUUUUCACCCUGGGGAAGCUAAUGAACGUGAAUGAAGAUUACGGAGAACUUUCUUCAAUAUGCAGGCAGGGGUCUGGAAGUGCAUGCCGCAGUAUAUAUGGUGGAUUUGUGAAAUGGUGUAUGGGAAAAAAUGACGACGGAAGUGACAGCAUGGCAGUACAGCUUGUUAACGAGUCACACUGGGAUGAUCUUGUUAUAAUCAUAGCAGUGGUCAGUUCAAAGCAGAAGGAAACCAGUAGCACCGGUGGGAUGCGAGACACUGUUGAAACAAGCCCCCUCUUGCAGUACAGGGCCCAGACUGUAGUGCCAAGUCGGAUAUUGAAAAUGGAAGAUGCUAUCAAGAAUCGUGAUUUUGAAUCCUUCGCCAGGUUAACUUGUGCCGAUAGUAACCAGUUUCAUGCUGUAUGUUUGGACACGAGUCCUCCCAUCUUCUACAUGAACGACACAUCACACAGGAUAAUUAGCCUUGUGGAAAAGUGGAAUCACUCGGAAGGAACACCACAGGUUGCCUACACAUUUGAUGCUGGGCCUAACGCUGUCCUAAUAGCACGGAACCGCAAAACUGCCACCCUUCUCCUUCAGAGGCUCUUAUACACUUUCCCCCCACAGGAGAAUGACUUGGACAGCUAUAUGCUCGGCGAUAAAUCGAUCCUAAGCGAUGCUGGUUUGCAAUCCAUAGCCGAUGUCGAGGCCCUUCCAGCGCCUCCGGAAAUGAAAGCUCCAAACCAAAAAUUCAAAGGUGAUGUUAGCUACUUCAUCUGUAGCAGGCCUGGGGCCGGCCCAAAAGUUCUCACCGAUGAGGGCCAUGCCUUGAUUGAUUCAGCCACGGGGCUUGCGAAAGGAGUGUAA